CCCGGCGAGAACAGCUUCCGUUACCGAGUUAAUUCACUGCUCGUGCUUCAGGGUGAAAAGCCGGCUGGACCUCCAAGAAUCGUGAUUAAUUAACGAUUUAUAAAGCCAACAGUUCAUUUGGAAUGGGAAUUAUUUGGCCUGGGUAAAGACCUGAAAACUUCGUCGGAGUAUUGUCUCGAACCUGCUUCAAAUGUUAACCGUUUUCUGUAAAAACCGAAACGGGAACCUGGAAUUUCUAUCCAAGAAAACAGAACUGAGAGCACGAAAAGGACAUAAGCUAACAUAAGUUAACGGCAGACAGACUUUUUUUUUUAAAGGGUCGCGUGAUCAGAAUAGUUAAACGAGUCAUCCACAUCCUGCUGCUGGUUUAAAGAAACUGCUGUCUGAACAGAUCCUCUGACUCAAACACACACAGACACUGACACACACAGUUCGCCCACAUAUUCUAGGCCCGGGUGCUCGAUCUGAACGGGAUAGAAUUUGCUUGAGCGGUCACGUGGAGGGCGUGCAGAGGUGGAGAGUCCCGGUUUACCUGUGAAUGAGGUGUGUCUGUGCGUGUUUGUGUGCGCGCCUCCGCCUUGUGUAACAUGAAACGUGGGUUGAGCUACAUUUAAUGUGGCUGAUGAUCUCACAUAUACUGCUCCUAUUCAGCAGCUAACACCGUUUGGUCCAGGGCAUCUUUAAUCUGUUUUAAAACACCUGGGCGAAGCACGGACUCUACGAGAACUUCCGGUAGGAUUUAUAUGCUGCUUCUGACUAAUACUGGACAGAUGUCGGGAAGUUUAUGCACGGUGAUGCAACAUGAGCUGACCGUCUAACUCUUCGGACAUUUUGAACAGUUUGGGACUGUACCUCAGGAACAUUCGGAAUAAUAUUUGAUUAUUUCGUCCAUCGGGGAUUCUCGGUGAUUAAAUACAGUAUUGCGCUAUGGCUCUGUCUCAACUACAGUGUUUGGACGAACACCAUGUUAAUUUGCGCGUGUCCGAGUCCAAACCGGAAUUUUUCUACAGCGAGGACCAGCGGCUCGCUUUAGAGGCACUGAUCAAUGGGGGGCGCACGGCUUUUAACAGUUUUCUCCGUGACCAUGACCUCCGACACUUCUUGUCUGAACCGGAGAUCGAACGGGUGGCGCGCAAUGUGGAAGACUACCGACCCGGUAGCGAGCACUUAAAGCCCGAACCCGGCGCGACUAGCCCCCGGGAGUUUGAAGGGGGCGAAGGGCCGUUGUCCUUACAGUACUGGCCGGACCGGUCGGAAGGGUCCAUACCGGAUCUAGACCUAGGAUGGCCUGACGCUGCGUCAUACCGCGGGGUGACGCGCGUCAACGUGCACAUGCAGCCCCCCGUUGACGGACAAACGCACAUCAAGGAGGUGGUCCGGAAGUCAAUCGCACAGGCACAAAAGGUGAUUGCAGUGGUAAUGGAUGAGUUCAGUGAUGUUGACAUCUAUAAGGACCUCCUGGAUGCAGCUUAUAGGAGAAGACUUCCUGUUUACAUAAUUAUCGACACAGCCUCAGUCACCUGCUUCCUGGAUAUGUGUUCCAGAGCUAAAAUGCACAGAGGACACCUCAAGAACCUGCGUGUGCGGUGCAGUGAAGGGGUUGAGUUCUACACACGGUCGGCCCAGAAGGUCCGAGGUUCUCUCAGUCAGAGAUACAUGUUGAUCGAUGGAGACAAGGCUUUGUCUGGAUCAUACAGCUUCACAUGGUCGGCAUCCCGUCUGGACCGUAACCUGAUCACAGUUCUUAGUGGUCAGGCAGUCGAGACCUUCGACAAACAGUUCCGUGACCUGUACAUGACUUCUAGGGGUGUGUCCCUCACCAAGGUUCCACUGGAGGAGGAGCCUAUCCCUGACCCCACCCCCACUGCAGCCCCAACCCCAAUCUCCGCAGAUAUUGCUAGGAAACUGAUCAAUCCUAAAUAUGCCCUGGUCACGGCACAGGCUAAAGCUAACAACGCUAGCCCUUCUAGCUCCGCUAAUGAAUCCAGCAACAAGAACUCUACCCAGAAUCCACCAGGCCGAAUUCUAAAGCGUGGCAGAGAGCCAGUGGAACCCCAGCCCCUCCAUCCAGGACUAGCUAACCUGGAGAAGGCAUACCUGAUCCCUUACCUGCCCACAUGGCCUGAGCCUGACCCUCCCAGCGACGUGAUUGGAUUUAUCAACGUGAGAGACGCAUCCCGUCCCCAACAGGUACAUCUCCAGAGGAGUCAGCAGUUUGAGACUAGCCAGGCCAUCCGAUUUAGCUCUCCAUUCACCUUGCCAGAGAAACCUGAUAACACACCCCUCCCAGAGACCACACCCCUAGCAGAGACCACACCCCUAGCAGAGACCACACCCCUCACCGAGACCACACCCCUCUCAGUGAAUGCCAUUCCACAGACCAGAGAUACACUCAUUGAUUCACCAGAGCAGAUAAAGGUAAACUCCCCUCAACUGCUGGACAAACCAGAUAAAAUUAACCAACCCAAAGACAACAGUCGAACACCAGCCAAAACCUCAGGGACCUGUGACCACACCUCCAAAGACACAUGUACCCCACCCAGCCUUGUCAAACCCUCAUCAGCCCCGCCCAUUCCUAAACCUCGCACCGUACAGCUCCUCAUAAGUCCCUCCCACACCCACCAGUCUGGCCAACCACAGGUCAACUUUGUCCCAAGGACUAAUAGCCAAUCAGGGACACCACCUGUCUCCGUCAACCAAUCACAUACAGACAUAGAUACCAAGUCCCCUCCUCGAGUGGGAGAGGAAGGGAGAGAGGAAAAGAAACUAAGGCACAGUCGUCGUGUCAACAAAAACUGUAGUCAUGACGACGCCGGCAGCACCGUGGCGAUAUGUGACCAAACCCCCAAUGGCAACGGCUCAUCUGACGACUCGUACUAUGAGUGCAACGAAGCAGAGACAAUGGAACCCCCUCUACUUGCCAACGGGGGAACAGCUGGUUCAGGAAGGGUGGCCGAUGGUGUUCGUCAUGGAGACGGGUUAAACAUCAUGGGGCGGUUAUCCCAGAGCAUGCUGGACCUUCGGUGUCGUAGCCAAUCAGACGACAGGGGGGUUCUACUCAACCAACCACAGGACCGCGGCAGUUGCCAACAGCCACGCCCACAUCAAUAUAGACUUAUUGGACAGUUGUUUCAGAGCUCCGGGUCACCGGGUCAAAUGUCGCCAGGUCGUGAUGGACGCCAGAGAGGAAGGGCUAAAGUUGUCAUCACCAAACCAGGAAGUUUUUAUCGUCUGCCACGAGCAUCGGGGACUGUGAUUAGAGGACACCGCUACUGGCAGGGCCAGUCACUGCAGCCUUCUGAGACUCGCUCUAAUCGGCCACUUCAACGCCGUGCCGAUAGGCGGAUGGGGCUCGUCCCAUGUGAUGCCUCCAUACGACGAGCAUCCCAUUUGGCAGGAGGUGUGCCUUUCUCUAAACUAAGCAACACGCUACUGAGGGGGCUGGAUGGAGCCUCACAGAAGAAAAGCUGGCUUGCCAACAAGAAGGCCAGCUAAGAUUGGCUGAACUCUGGGCCAAUGUGACUACAAGCAGGAAGUAGAACGAUUAUCUAAGUUUUGUAAAAAUUUUCUGGACGUGUCCAUCUAGUUAUUCAGACUGGAUCAAAGAAUUUACUGUACAUUAUCUAAAUGAUUCUCAGAAAUUUUCACUUAGGUGUGUACUCACUUUUGUUGCCAGCGGUUUA